GCGGCGGGCGCAGGCCAUGCGCUGCCCCCCCCAGCGCGCAACGUCGCCGGAGCGCGGCAGCUGCCCUGGCGCGCCUUGCUUGUCCAGGGAGCCAGCGAGGCCGGGCUGGGGCGGCCCGGCGCGGGAGUACCGCGGGGAGUACCGGCUGGAGUAGCGCGGGGGCGGUGGCCCAGCGCCCCGAAGUUUGCCGCGCCCGCUCGGGCGGCCGAGGUUUGCUUUUUUGAAAAGGCUCCAGGCUUCGGCUUGGAAAAUCCAACCGCCAAGAUUGAGCCCAGCAGCUGGAGCGGCAGCGAGAGCCCUGCCGACAACAUGGAGAGGAUGAGUGACUCGGCAGAUAAGCCGAUUGACAACGACGCGGAGGGGGUCUGGAGUCCCGACAUUGAGCAGAGUUUCCAGGAGGCCCUGGCUAUCUAUCCGCCCUGUGGGAGGAGGAAAAUCAUCUUAUCAGACGAAGGCAAAAUGUAUGGUAGAAAUGAAUUGAUAGCCAGAUACAUCAAACUGAGGACGGGAAAGACAAGGACUAGGAAGCAGGUGUCUAGUCACAUUCAGGUUCUUGCCAGAAGGAAAUCUCGUGAUUUUCAUUCCAAGCUAAAGGUAACAAGCAUGGAUCAGACUGCCAAGGACAAGGCCCUGCAGCACAUGGCUGCCAUGUCAUCAGCCCAGAUCGUCUCAGCUACUGCCAUCCACAACAAGCUGGGGCUGCCUGGGAUUCCCCGCCCCACCUUCCCGGGGGGCCCGGGGUUCUGGCCUGGGAUGAUACAGACAGGACAGCCAGGAUCCUCACAAGACGUCAAGCCCUUUGUGCAGCAGGCCUACCCCAUCCAGCCAGCAGUCACAGCCCCCAUUCCAGGGUUUGAGCCUGCAUCAGCCCCAGCUCCCUCAGUGCCUGCCUGGCAGGGCCGAUCCAUUGGCACAACCAAGCUUCGCCUGGUGGAAUUCUCAGCUUUCCUUGAGCAGCAGAGAGACCCAGACUCGUACAACAAACACCUCUUCGUGCACAUCGGGCAUGCCAACCAUUCUUACAGCGACCCGUUGCUCGAAUCCGUGGACAUUCGUCAGAUAUAUGACAAAUUUCCUGAAAAGAAAGGUGGCUUGAAGGAACUGUUUGGAAAGGGCCCUCAAAACGCCUUCUUCCUUGUCAAAUUCUGGGCGGACUUAAACUGCAAUAUCCAAGAUGACGCCGGGGCCUUUUAUGGUGUGAGCAGUCAGUACGAGAGUUCUGAAAACAUGACAGUUACCUGUUCCACCAAAGUGUGCUCCUUUGGGAAACAAGUAGUAGAGAAAGUAGAGACAGAGUAUGCGAGGUUCGAGAAUGGCCGAUUCGUGUACCGAAUAAACCGCUCACCAAUGUGUGAAUAUAUGAUCAACUUCAUCCACAAGCUUAAACACCUACCAGAGAAAUAUAUGAUGAACAGCGUUUUGGAAAACUUCACCAUUUUAUUGGUGGUAACAAACAGGGAUACACAAGAGACUCUGCUCUGCAUGGCCUGUGUGUUUGAAGUAUCGAAUAGUGAGCAUGGAGCACAGCAUCACAUCUACAGGCUUGUAAAGGACUGAACCGGUUAUUUAUAAAGAGAGAUAUCUGUAUAUACACACACAUACGUGCACACACACACUCUCCAUUAUCGAACGACUGACUGUAAACCUCACCACACAGGGUGCUACCCUGGCCCUCCCCUGGGUCCCACCCUGACCUUUCUAAAUCCUGUUCGAGUGAACUUAUUUUUUUCCAUGUGUUCAUGCUAUCACUGUAGCUGUGAAGUUGUGAUGCAGUUUUUUUGUGUAUUCCUCAGAUCUGCAAACCACAAUCCCUUGGGGAAGGUGAAUCUUACCAGCCUAAGCUAAGCCUCUCUGCAGACCUGUUUCAUGUUGUGGUAGAAAAUACUGAGGCAGAGGAUUGGCCACGGGGCAUUGACUGCCUUUAUACAAAUGUAUUUAGUUCUUUUUUGUUUUUCCAACAUAAAAUUCUUGUUUUAAGAUACAAGUAAAAUUAAUCUUUAAAUAUAAAUGUAAAUUAGUACAGGAAAACUAAGAUUCUUUAGACUUAUCUUUGUAACUAAUUAGGGUGGAAGUUAUGGAAGAAUGUAAUUCACUAAAUUAUUUUUUAAAUGAAAUCUUUCUUUCUUUUUAAAA